AGCGGCUGCAGCCCGGGGCGCUCCGGAGGUCCGUGUGGCAGCGGCGGGCAGGCAGCGCUUUUCCUCGCCGCCCCGCGGGGAAGAGGAACGCGGUGCCCCGCGCCGCAGAGGCCCGCUGAGCGGCGGAAGCCCGCUGAGUCGCGUCUGGUGAGGCACAGUCCGCGGCAACCCGCACUCCGCCCUACAAUCACGUCCUCCUCGCCACCCCGUGCUCGGGCACCAUGGACACCUCCUCGGUCCACGCGCUCCUGUCCUUGCCUGUCCUGCUGCAGCUGGUGGCAGCGGGCGGCUCCCCGAGACCCGGCGCGUUGCUGCGGGGCUGCCCCCCGCGCUGUCAGUGCGAGCCCGACGGCAGGAUGCUACUCAGGGUGGAUUGCUCCGACCUGGGGCUCUCGGAACUGCCCUCCAACCUCAGCGUCUUCACAUCCUACCUAGACCUCAGCAUGAACAACAUCAGUCAGCUGCCCCCGAGUCCUCUGCAUGGUCUCCGCUUCCUGGAGGAGCUACGUCUUGCUGGAAAUGCUUUGACAUACAUUCCCAAGGGAGCCUUUGCUGGUCUUUACAGCCUGAAAGUUCUCAUGCUGCAGAAUAAUCACCUAAGGCAAGUUCCCACGGAAGCGCUACAGAAUUUGCGAAGUCUUCAGUCCCUGCGGCUGGAUGCCAACCACAUCAGUUAUGUCCCUGCCAGCUGUUUCAGUGGCCUGCAUUCCCUACGGCACCUGUGGCUGGAUGACAACGCUCUGACAGAAAUCCCUGUCCAGGCUUUCAGAAGUUUAUCAGCACUGCAGGCCAUGACCUUGGCCCUGAACAAAAUACACCACAUACCAGACUAUGCCUUUGGAAACCUGUCCAGCUUGGUGGUUCUGCAUCUCCAUAACAAUAGAAUCCACUCUCUGGGAAAGAAAUGCUUCGAUGGGCUCCACAGCCUAGAGACCUUAGAUUUAAAUUAUAACAACCUUGAUGAAUUCCCCACUGCAAUCAGGACACUCUCCAACCUUAAAGAACUAGGAUUUCACAGCAACAAUAUCAAGUCAAUACCUGAGAAAGCAUUUGUAGGCAACCCUUCUCUUAUUACAAUACAUUUCUAUGACAACCCCAUCCAGCUUGUUGGAAGAUCCACCUUUCAACAUUUACCUGAACUAAGAACACUGACUUUGAAUGGUGCCUCCCAGAUAACUGAGUUUCCUGAUUUAACUGGAACUGCUAGUCUGGAGAGUCUGACUCUAACUGGAGCACAGAUCUGUUCCCUUCCUCACACUGUGUGCGAUCAGUUACCUAAUCUCCAAAUGCUAGAUCUCUCUUACAACCUGCUGGAAGAUUUGCCCAGUUUUUCAGUCUGCCAAAAGCUUCAGAAAAUAGAUCUGCGACAUAAUGAAAUCUAUGAAGUUAAGGGCGACACUUUCCAGCAGUUGCUUAGCCUCCGAUCUCUGAAUUUGGCUUGGAACAAAAUUGCUGUGAUUCACCCCAAUGCAUUUUCAACGCUGCCAUCUCUAAGAAAGCUGGACCUAUCGUCCAACCGCCUGUCGUCUUUUCCUGUAACUGGGUUACAUGGUUUAACUCACUUAAAAUUAACAGGAAAUCAUGCCUUACAGAGCUUGAUAUCAUCUGAAAACCUUCCAGAACUCAAGGUUAUAGAAAUGCCUUAUGCUUACCAGUGCUGUGCAUUUGGAAUGUGUGAGAAUGUCUAUAAAAUUUCUAAUCAGUGGAAUAAAGGAGACAACAGCACUACAGAUGAUCUUCAUAAGAAAGAUGCUGGAAUGUUUCAAGUUCAAGAUGAGCGUGAUCUUGAAGAUCUCCUGCUUGACUUUGAGGAAGACCUGAAAGCCCUUCACUCAGUGCAAUGCUCCCCUUCCCCAGGGCCCUUCAAACUCUGCGAAUACCUGUUCGGUAGCUGGCUGAUCAGGAUUGGAGUGUGGACCAUUGCAGUUUUGGCCCUUACUUGUAACGCCUUGGUGACUUGGACAGUGUUCCGAGCCCCUCUGUACAUUUCCUCCAUCAAACUGCUCAUCGGGUUAAUAGCAGCGGCGAACAUGCUCAUGGGGGUCUCCAGUGCGGUGCUGGCUGGCGUGGACGCGGUCACUUUUGGCAGCUUUGCACGGCACGGUGCGUGGUGGGAGCAAGGGGUAGGUUGCCAAGUCGUCGGGUUUUUGUCCAUUUUCGCUUCAGAAUCAUCUGUUUUCCUGCUGACUCUGGCAGCGCUGGAGCGUGGGUUCUCGGUGAAAUACUCUGCGAAAUUUGAAACGAAAACUCCCUUUUCCAGUCUGAAAGCGGUCAUUGUGCUCUGCGCCGCGCUGGCCCUGACCGUCGCCACGGUGCCCCUGCUGGGCGGCAGUGAGUACAGCGCCUCCCCGCUCUGCCUGCCGCUGCCCUUGGGGGAGCCCAGCACCACCGGCUACAUGGUCGCUCUCGUCCUGCUCAACUCCCUUUGCUUCCUCGUGAUGACCAUCGCCUACACCAAGCUCUACUGCAGCCUGGAAAGGGGGGACCUGGAGAAUAUUUGGGACUGUGCUAUGGUGAAGCACAUUGCACUCCUGCUGUUCACCAACUGCAUCCUUUACUGCCCCGUGGCUUUCUUGUCCUUCUCUUCUUUACUGAACCUCACCUUCAUCAGUCCUGAAGUCAUUAAGUUUAUCCUCCUGGUGAUUGGCCCCCUUCCUGCCUGUCUCAAUCCCCUUCUCUACAUCCUCUUCAACCCCCAUUUUAAGGAGGACUUGGGGAGUCUGGGGAAGCAAGCCCACUUCUGGACGAGAUCCACACACCCAAGCCUGAUGUCUAUCAACUCGGAUGAUGUGGAGAAGCAGUCCUGUGACUCAACCCAAGCCUUGGUGACAUUCACCAGUGCCAGCAUAGCCUACGACCUGCCUUCCAGUUCCAGCUCACCAUCCGCUUACCCAGUGACCGAAAGCUGUCAUCUUUCAUCCGUGGCAUUUGUCCCAUGUCUCUAAUUAAUGUGUGUGUGAAAAAGUUCUCAAAAAUGGAAAACCCCCAAAUGUGAGAUUGAGUAGUAGAUCAGAGCAGUAACUAAAAAGAACGGAGUUGACACUUGAUUUUGUUUUAAAUCUCUUAGUGUUAGAAAGCUGAAAACUUAUUGAGGCUGGAGAGUGAAAAACAAGUCUAAAUGCUGCUUGUAAAGUUUGUUCAGAAAGAGAGAGAGAUCAGACGCACUAUUUAGGUAAGCCCAGAAUUUUUUUUUUAAAGCAGAUUGAAAUGUUCAAAAAAGGUUCUCUGUGAUUUCAGUUCAAUUCUUUUAAAACUCACCAAUCUAAUGGUGGGGGGUGGAGCGGGGAGAGGUGGGUCCUUGCUCACAAAAGAGGUUUUAAACCCCUGAACCCUUUCAAAGGUGGUUGGAGGUAUUGGGACAAUGAGGGUCGUAAAAGGCCUGCAGUACCGAGUGAGGUUGUGACCGGUAGGAUUUCACUUUCCUGACCACAUGGAGAUGUUUCAGUUCUCCUUGGCCUUUGCUCAGAAAGGAUCAUCCCAAGUCACCAGUCUCCCCAGGGAAUGGCUAAUAGAAGGCAUUAUUAAUUGACUCGUAUUCACUUCAUUUUUAGAAAUGCCUGGUUUAAUUUAUCUGCACUAGAUGGUUCCAUCUUCAGUUAAAUAAAACUGCUUACAAAUAUUCUGAAAGGAAAAUGAACUUAAAUUCUUAAAUUGCCAUGAAGGCAGCCCUCUCCAGGUGAAGUUUGCUUGUCGAACUCAUUUUUAACUCCCUGAUGCCCAAAACUCAGAAGAAAAUUCCAUUGCCAGCAAUGGACACACUUACUAAAGAUGGUAAGCAACCUGGGAUUUUUUUUUUCCUUUCUCCUGGGUGAGUGCACAUUUUUUUGCAGGAGGUUUUCUCAGUUGACUCAAGCUGAGAUAUACAUCUAAGGUAAUGAUCAAGUGCAGACAUGACAUAAAUUAAAUCCACCGACAUAACUUCUCACACACAUAUCUCUAGCAGCUCCAGCAAUGAUGUCUGAAACCACUGUGGACGCAGCAGCAAUAUGGUAACACAUUACCCCGUUUAUUUAGGUUGGUUUUAGCUGUGCGGUCUUUGGUCAGCCCAUUUGACAUCAGGAACGUGACUUCUCUGCUUAUUUCAUAUUUAAUACAUGUGUUAGGUAUUUUAAGAGGCAAAAUUAUUAAACACUAAAGGUCAAAGGAUUAAUUCAUAACUUUAUUAUACUAUAUUAGCUUCAAUACACCCAAACCAAAAUACUGUUAGGUAGAUCUAUUUUUAUAUAAGCAUGUUUAUUUUGAUCAGAUGUUUUAACUUGGAAUUGAAAGAAUACAUUUAUGAGAUGUUUUAUAAGAUGUGUAAAUAUAGAACUGUAUUUAUUACUACAGUAAAGAUUCAGUAACACAAAGGACCAUGAUAAUAAACCAUGUACAGGCAUAUUCUUCCAUAUAUAUUGUGUUUCCCUGCCCACUUUCAUUAAAUUCAUUAACUGUAUAUAAUAUAUGCAAAUGUAUAGUGUUGUAAAUAGAU